AUGAAACAAACUGUUGCACCCACUGGCACAAAAGCAGAAUACAGUAAAUACAGCGAGAAGAGCACUCUUGAAAAGGAGCUCUCCAACUUAGAGGGCAAAUACAAGGUCAUGGAGACUCUCCGGGACAGCCAAGAGACGGAGCUCCAAACUCUCAAGAUGAAGCUUGUCGUACAGGAGUCAACUCUGGCCCGCCUGCAGGUGACCCUCAGAGACACCGAGGAAGAGGUCCGCUCUCUCAGGGACACUGUGGUCCAGCAGAAGGAUGAGCUGCAUGCCGGGGAGAUGGAGCGCAGACAGCUCCACAAUUCCAUCCAGGAGCUCAAGGGCAAUAUCAGGGUCUUUUGCAGAGUGCGCCCCCUGGUGGAGGGAGGCCUCAGCAAGCACAUUCAGCUCCUGACCAGCGACAACAAGGCGAUCACACUGGCCAAAACAGAAGAGUCCCACACAGGCAAAACUGCUGAGACUCAGAAGAAUUACAGCUUCAGUUUUGACCGGGUGUUUGGCCCCCAGGCUUUACAACAAGAGGUCUUCGAAGAGAUCUCGCUGCUGGUGCAGUCGGCAUUGGACGGCUACAACGUCUGCUGCUUUGCUUAUGGCCAGACAGGAAGCGGAAAGACGUACACCAUGGAGGGAGACGAGUAUGAUGAGUGCAGAGGUGUAAUUCCCAGAGCCGUGAAGCAAAUCUUCAGAGCAGCAGAGAAACUGGGAGCACAAGGCUGGGAGUUCUCCUUCACAGCGAGCUUUGUAGAAAUUUACAAUGAGACCCUGCGAGACCUCCUGUACACUGGCACGGCCAGCAAGAGGCCCGAGCAUGAGAUCCGCAAGACCACCAAUAACGAGAUGACGAUCACCAACCUCACAUACGAGAAGGUCUGCAACGAGGAUCAGGUUCUCGGCCUGAUCAUGUUGGCGAAUCAGAAUCGCUCUACAGCCCAGACGGCCCAGAAUGACCGCUCCUCUCGCUCCCAUUCAGUGUUCCAGCUGGACAUCGAGGGAGUGAAUGUUGGCAGGGAUGUCAAAUGCAAGUCCACUCUGUGCCUGGUGGACUUGGCCGGCAGUGAGCGCAUGCUGAAGAGUCAGUCUCAGGGUGACCGCUUUAAGGAGAUGACUGCCAUCAACGGCUCCCUCUCCAACCUGGGCAUGGUCAUCUCCGCACUGGCCAACAAGGAGAGCUAUGUUCCCUACAGAAACUCUAAGCUGACCUACCUGCUUCAGGGAUGCUUGGGAGGAAAUAGCAAAACGCUGAUGUUUGUGAACAUCGCCCCAGAGCCAGACAGCUUUGGGGAAACCCUAAACUCUUUGAGGUUUGCCAGCAAGGUCAGUGCAUCUAUGGUUGUG